UGAUGUUUCGCGUUAGUUCCCCGUAUUUGGCCACUGAGUAAACGGAGUACUUUCACUGGGCAUCAGGAGGAUUGUGCUGGGAAUUAAAAACACAACCGUGAAAGCGUACUUAUCAGCAAUGGUGCCACCCAGCUUUUGAAGUUUUCAAAGGAUGCCGGCAACACGUAGCCCUUCAUCCAUCCCAACAGGCGUCUCAGGAGAUGCCUUGGACCUCAGCUUGUCAGGCUCCCAGCUCUCUAUGUCCAAAAGACCCAGCAGCGCAUCACCUGGGAAAUACUUCUCACGGUCUGUGUCGGUUUCCGUGGCUAGUGACAGCAGAGGAAAACGCAACACCCUGAGCGAUGCCAGCUUUGGUAGCUCCCGCUCCAUCAAGAACCUGAGGCGGUCCAACAGCACCACUCUGGUCAAUCAGCAGGCCAACAUCAGUUUAAGUCAGGAGCCGAGUGAGGACUACCUGGCCCUGUUUGACAGCAGCUCAGAUGGACGCAAGAAAUUGGCCAGCCUCAGCAAAGCCUCGCCAGACAGAACCACAUGGAACAUCCUGGACGAUCAGCCCAGAGUUUUCCCCGUGCACUCGAGCCCCCGCAGCACUGGCAGCGUGGACUCUCCCCCCGGCCUGAAGAAAAGAGAGCCUGGCAUCGCACUGGCUGCCACCUUCACUGCCAACAACAGGAGCAACAAGGGAGCGGUGGGCAACUCUGUCACCACCAUCUUACACAACAACUACUCUGAGAAACCACUCACGCCGAAGAGCUCCAACCAGAGGCCGUCGUUUAACAACAUCCUGAAGGCCACGGCAAACGACGAGGUGUCACAAGACAACAGCUCGCUGACAAAGUCCCAGAAGAACUUCUCUUCAGCGUCCUCCGCCUCCAACAACAGAUCUCCGGUGUCGGCCCAGCGCAGCAGCCCCGGCUUGUCUCGAAGGAGGGAGGUCACUGAGGAGGAGGCCGAGAGGUUUAUUCAGCAGGUGAACCAGGCAGCAGUCACCAUCCAGCGCUGGUACAGACGCCAUGCCAAGAGACAGCACACUAACCAAGCAGCACUCAAACGCAUCCUUGCCAGCAAAAGAAAGGAGUGGGAGGAGAGAACGGAGGAGGACGGUCGCCUGGAGCCGCAGCAGAAAAAGGACGAAGACAGGAAACGGAUUCGUGAGGAGAAAGCUCGUUUGGCCCGCCUGGCUGCCAUCCAGGAGCUUCAGCAGAAAAGAGCCCGGCGGGUUGCCGAGGCAGCCGAGGUGGAGCUGGAAAGCUCGAGGCUGGCAGGGGGGGCGGGACGCAAGAAGCAGCCCAAGAUUUCUCUGAGCAACAAAAGUCCAGCCUCACCGAGCAACAACAGCUCGAUGUCACCCACAGACGUCAAAGCUAAGAACACAGACUCCAAUUUGAAUCUUGUGGCCGACUUAGGUGAGCUGAGCUUCAGAGCCAUUUCCCCAGCUUCGUCCAAUCACAGAGGCUCUCAGUGUUCCCAGGAUCAGGAGGACAGAGCGGAGGUAGACAUCUGCCCGGAGCAGCAGCAUCAGCAGAACGAUAGGAAAUUCAUUCGUAGAGAGAAAGCCCGUCUGGCCCGCCUCGCUGCCCCCCAGGUGAACAUGUCUGAGGAGCUGCAGCAGAAAAGAGCCCAGCAGGUUGCCGAAGCGCAGCAUGCACCUGAGAUGGAGCCGGAAAGCUCGAGGCAGACAGGUGUGGUAGGACACAAGAAACUACCCAAGAUUCCUCUCACCGGUAAAAGUCCAGCCUCACCGAGCAACAACAGCCCGAUGUCGCCCACAGACGUGAAAGCUAAGAACACAGACUCCAAUUUGAAUGUUGUGGCUGAGUUCGGUGAGCUGUUCAGCUUCAGAGCUGUUUCCCCAGUUUUGUCCAAUUGCAGAGGUUCCCAGUGUUCCCAGGAGAUCCUGCAGAGGUCGGUGAGUGUGGAGGACCAGCGGCAGGGAGCUUUGUCUUGCAGGGCUCAGUCCAAAACCACUCUUAACGAGCUGCUGGACACCCUGAAGCUGUUAGAGGAGGAGCCAGAGAGGCUGUCGGAGCCAAAGUGCUACAGCAAAGAGAAAUACGCCUGGAUAGACGAGGACGGAGACUCCAACUCUCUGACCACUGACAACCUGGAGCGUCACGGCCAGCUGAGUCACCAUCCGGCCCUGCCAGAUGGGGGCGCCCUGCUCUCCGAGGCCAAGCUGCAGAGCAUCAUGAGUUUCCUGGAUGAGAUGGAGAAGUCUGAACAGGAGAGGCCGCGCUCGGUUACUUCAGGGUCUCACAGAGAGGCUGUGUUGUCUGAGGAGGAGCUGGUUGGUGUCGAGCAGGCAUCUGCCACCGCCGCCGAAAUCACCGGCUCCAUGAUGAGGAUCAAGCUGGAGCUGGAGGAGAAGAAACGCACAGUCAACAUGCUGCAGAGCGCACUGGCCCAGCAGAGGGAGCUCACGGUGAGACACGUGAAGGAGACCGAGAAGGAGCUGAACAGAAACUUCCAGCUCCAGAAGGAACAAUUUGAAGCCACCAUCCAGAGACACCUCACAUUCAUUGAUCAGCUGAUCAAUGAUAAGAAGAGUUUAAAUGAGCGCUGUGAAGGAGUGGUGGGAGAACUGAAGCAGGUGGACCAAAAGUACACCAAGAAGAUCGCACAAAUGCAGGAGCAACAUGAAAUGGUGUGGCAAAUUCUGGGUCCCUUGUGUGAGGAAAUCAAGAAGUUAAAAGAGCUUAUGAGCGCCACAGAGAAGAUACGCCGGGAGAAAUGGAUUGACGAGAAAACCAAGAAGAUCAAAGAGAUCACUGUCAAAGGUCUGGAGCCAGAGAUCCAGAAGCUGAUCUCCAAGCACAAACAGGACCUGAAAAAGCUGCGGACACUCCACGAGGCGGAGCUGCUGCAGGCAGACGACCGCGCGGCCCAGCGCUACGUCCGCCAGUGUGAGGAGCUCCGCCUACAGCUGGAGAGGGAGAAGGACGAGCAGAGUCAGAGAGAGAGGGAACUAGCCAAGCAGAGAUACGAGAAGCAGCUCCAGGAGGAGGAGCUGUCCCUGCAGCAGCAGAGAAGGCGACUCUACAAGGAGGUGGCCGAUGAGAAGGAGAGGCUGGCUCAGCUGGCUGCAAGGCAGCGCGCUGAGCUGGAGGAUCUGCGGAGACAGCUGGAGGACAACAGCUCUCUGGCUGGACGAGCCCUCAGAGAGGAGCUGGACAAGACCAGAGAGGAACAGGAGAGGAGACACCAGGUGGAGAUGAAGGCGUUACAAGAACGUAUGGACAUCGAAAAGCAGACCUGGGAGGAAAACUACAAGAAAAAAGAGGAAGCGUGGCUGCUGAGCCGCGAGCGCGAACUGAAAGAAGAGUUGCGGCGAGAACGCGACAAAGAGAUCGAGCUCGCCAUCUGGACGUUGGAGGAGGAGACCAGCAAGGACAAAGAGGAGUGUGAGAGGGCAGCUGACAACAGGGUGAAGCGUGUGAGGGAAAAAUACGAGACGGAGCUGAGGGAGCUGGAGUGCUCCGAGAGGACGGCUGUGGAGAAGCAACAGGAGUCGAGGAAGCAGCAGAUGGAGAUGGAGGGAGAGCUGAUUAGACUCCAGGCCCUGCUCCGACAGAAAGAACAGGAGACUGAAGACAUCACACAGACCAGGGACAAGCUGGUGGAGGAGCGCCGCAGCCUGGCCGAGGUGAUCAGGCAGGAGUUUGCCGACCGGCUGGUGCUGACGGAGGACGAGAACCGCAGGAUGAAAGUGGAGGUGUCAGAAGUCCGAGCGAGGCUCCGGCUCGAGGUGGAGAGAGUCACCCGGGAGAAGGAAGAGGAACUGGCUGAAGUCCACCAACGAGUGAAGGCGGCCAUCUUGAAGAAGGAAGAAACCGUCAAUAAUCUCCGGAAGCAGCAUGAGGCAGCCCUGAAGAGGGCCGAUCACCUGGAGGCCCUGUGGGAACAGCAGAGGAAGCAGCUGUUGGAGAAGUAACUGACAGGAAGGCUUUAUCUGUCUGGACCUAUCCUCUCCACCCCCUCUCCCUCCACUCUGAGCUCUAUCCAUUGUGUCACUCAAGCCGCCCCCCACACCCAUCUGAUUUCUUUUUUUUUUCCCCUUAUGGAUGUUGUUGCUGCCAGCAAGACUGAACCUGUGGAACUUCAGAAGGUUGAACAAGUGACUGAACCUUGUCCUACCUCAUACCCCCCCCAUGAAGGAGCGUCAGAGUGCUGUGUUGAAAACUUCCUUAAUUUAAAUGCCACAGACCAGGUGGCACCACUACAUGAAAAGACUGCAAAUGAACUUCCCCAUUCCUCUUCCCUCUCCAGAGGAAGAUUGCUGCAGUUUGCCCCCCCCUUUUUCCUCAGUCCCUCCUGGAGCAAGAAUGCCUCCAUGUUCCCCUACAGAGCUGCCACGGAGAACAGUUCCAGAUGUUUCUGAAACCAGCCCAAGGCCUGCGCUGGGGGGGCGGGGGGGGUUGCUCUGUCUGGAGGACUAAGGACCACUUAGGGACCACACUACUACGUUCUGGUUUAAAAACGUAGCAAAAUCUUUUGCGUUUCCGAGCCCCUGAAACGGAGACAUUUGGAAACACCGCUGCCCCCCGUUUUGGUUUGAAAUACCAAAAUAGUCUGGACGGGCACAAACGGACACUUUUGGAGAACUCGCUGUAUUUUCAACAAACACAUCCGGGAUUUUCAACAGAGUAACGUCAUACAAUCUGCUUCCCGUUUACCCCGGCACGCACGUGCCCGGUGUAUGUGAAUGGUCAUGUGAUAUUUGUUGUCAGGUGUGCUUAUAUGGACGAUUAGUUCUGCUACUGUGGACGGAGAUCGUCGACCCAAAAAUGAAAACGUGGCAGCGUAGAUGUAGCCCUCAGAUGAGUCCGCGCCACAGCUACAGUCUCAGCUUCUGUUUGUACCAAGUCGAGCUCCUGGGGUCCUCUUUUAUCUGCUGAGUCAUGCCUUUUUGUCCCGGUGCCCCCUCAGGGCGAGUGCUAAUUACAGGAUCUAUACCCUCACCCUUCACUUACAGCCCUGUGACUUGCUCUGAACAAUUUGUGUGUGUCUCAAAACCAACAUUUGGAUCUUACAAAGAAGUUACAAGUGAUGUACUAACACGGUUUACAGACUAAAGUCAGAGUGCAUGUAGAAAGGUUGCUAAAGAAAAAAGAGAGAGAUAAUAGGAAAGGGUAAACGAGCGGAGGGAAACGGGACGUCUGACAGCAUGUUUGAGGUCAACACAGACGAUUGUAGCGUGGCUUUGAAAGUUUCUGAAUGUGAGGAAGAAAGAAGAGAGAGGAUCGGCGUGGGCGGAGGGAAGAAGGAAUGCGCAUAGAAAAUGUUUUAUAGGAUUAGGAAAGCAGAGCUGGGACCGGGCCGGGUGGUACGAGGGUUUGAGGGGGGCACAAGGCAUGUGACCGGAGGUAUUUUUAAAGCCAUAUUGGUUUUCUGAUUCAGAGGCUGCACUGUGACAAAAUGCAUCAAACUCAACAGAUAAAGGUAGCCCUGAGCCACACACACACACACACACACACACACACACACGUAUGUGAACUAUCUUUUUUUGAAUACUAGGGCUGCACAAUAUGAGGACAUUAUCUAAUUGCGAGGAUCUGGAUUGCAGCACCACAAUGACUAAUCCCAAAUGGUUUGGUGCGAUACGUUGCCUUUUAACCUAUCUCGCGCCUGUGAUAUUGCACUAGCCCAAAUUGUGGUAUUCAUAAAAAUUGCGAUUGAUUGUGCAGCCCUAUUGAAUCCUCCAUCUGUGUUUUGUAAUUCUCCCAGAAGCCACCGUCUCUCAGCACUUUGCAAAUUUGUAUUUCAUUGAUUUUGUUUGGCUCCUUUUUUUUUUUAUUUCUUAACCCUUACAGUGAUUGAAAAUACAUCUAUAGCCCCUCUCACAGACACAGAAAGUCUUUGUGGAUAAGAUUUCAGUAAGAACGGUCCAUAGCAGGAGUUAGUGAGGGGGGGGGGGCUGUAACAAGAGUUUGUGCUGCGGAGAGAAACUCUAAACCUGGAUGUAAAGCCUGUUAUUUAGGUGCAGCAGGAUGUGAAAGACCACACUCUGAUGUGACGCUAAAAGCCCCAAAUUAGACCUCGCAUAAGAACGUAUUUAUUUUUAUUUCUCUUUUCUUUAUUUAUUUUCCAAUGUAGCACUCUUGCUCGAGGAUUGGAAGGAUUGUUUCUCAGAGCUGGUGUUUUUACAGUUCCUGAGCAGAACGUCUAGUUUCCAUAGUAACACGUUAUAACUAUGCCAUUUGGAGAUGGUUUAAAAUACAGUAUGUCAGGUUUUUUCUGACAUGGAAGUUGUCUGCGCCACAAUAUAAAAAGUGUUGAUAUGAAGUGUAGUGUAGGGGAAGGCUAGGGGUUGACGUGGUGAAGCUUUAUGGGUAAUGCAGUUUCUGACCUCCGAGGCAUUAAAUCAGGGGGAUCGGCCGCCAAAUCGUUGCUGGCGGGGGCGAAAAAAACAACCAGUUACUUCUCAGAAAAAGAAAAGAAAAAAAGAAAAGUAAAAAAGGCGUAAUUUCAAAAACAUUUUAAUGAGCCAUUCUUCUCAGCCAAAGUCAGACAUAAAUCACCUCGCCACUGUUUAAAUAUUUGUAAAACCUACAGAUGGCGAUAAAGGGUGACCAAUAGCAUUGAUUUAUGGAAGAAGUAAAAAGGAAUGUGAGUUGGCAUUCCUGGCGCAUGCCCAUCCUACAAGUGCCAAUGAGCCUGGCCUUUGUGUGUGUGUGUGUGUGUGUGUGUGUGUGUGUGUGUGUGUGUGUGUGUGUGUGUGUGUGUGUGUGUGUGUGCGUGUGCCACCAUUCCUCCCAUUUUGACCUGAGAUGACCCUCGUGGUUUCAGAUACACACAAAGUACCCUGUUGUAUUUUAUUUUUAUUUUUACCGUUUGUAACUUUGUAUACACAUCAUUCCAGCUGUCACCAGUUAUUGUUUGGAUUCUGUUCCGUUUCGACAUGUACAACCCUCUGUGCCCGAACACGUAGCUCUUGAAAACACUGUUUUCUUAUCUUGUUUUAGUUUAGUUUUUAUUGUUAAUCAUGUCGAUGGUUCAAAAAAAAAAAAAACUGUGAAGAAGUUGGUGACUGAUCUAUCAGCAAAAAGAGAAUAAAAAGCAAAGACUGUUGGGAAGAUG